GUCAAUGUCAGGUAAAUUGACGCCAAAUAUUUCCAGCAAAUUAAUAAUAACUAAUAUGCGUAAAAACAAAUUCGUUAAAAACUUUCUAAACAAUCUGUCCGUCUUUACGCUACAAAGUUUUAAUUCGGUCCACCACUAUACUCCGUUAACCAUAGAUGGAUGACGUCCAAACCUACAAAUCUAUCGAACGAGACAUCAAAGAACCUUCAUCCUUACUGGUUAAAAACUCGGCCGACUAUUCGGAAGAUAAUCAUUUCAAGUUUCAAACCAACCCCACCAACAAAGAACCGAGUAUGUGGCGUCACAUGAACGCCAAAAAGGCUAGCAAUAUGAGUGUUUCGCAGGUGGCAACGGCCUUGGACGCCGAUUUGGACAGGGGGUUGACUGUCAUCGAAGCCGAAAUUAGGAAAAAAAGCCAAGGGUACAACGAAUUUUUCGUAGGGGAUCCCGAACCUUUGUGGAAAAAAUUUUUGGAGCAGUUCAAGAACCCCUUAAUCUUGCUCCUGCUGUGUUCGGCACUAGUUAGCGUGUGCAUGUCCCAGUUCGACGACGCAGUCUCCAUAGCCCUCGCCGUUAUCAUAGUCAGCACGGUGGCUUUCGUUCAAGAGUACAGGUCAGAAAAAUCCCUGGAGGAAUUGUCAAAGCUAUUGCCUGACUACUGCACUUGCUUGAGAUCUUACACAAAAGUUCAUUCAUCUACCUUUCCUUCAACUGAGAAUGGUCCGGAAGUUAUAACGCUCAGAAUACCCGCUCGGGAGUUAGUCCCAGGCGACCUUGUGAUGCUCAUGGCCGGAGAUCGAAUCCCGGCCGAUCUUCGACUUGUCAAAGUCAGAGAUCUAAGAGUCGACGAGAGCGGUUUCACUGGAGAGGCUCACCCCGUCAAAAAAAUUAGCGACGUGGUUAAUAAUCAGAACAUUCACCUAGAGGUGGAAAGCGAAGCUGAUUCUCAAUAUCAUGCCUCAGAUUUUUCCCACGUUCAUAUGAAAAAUAUUGGUUUUAUGGGCACAUUGGUUAGGAGCGGGAAAGGCAUGGGAAUAGUGAUAGGAACGGGGGAAAGAACUGAAUUCGGCGAGAUAUUCAAACUCAUGAAGGCCGAACUAGUGCCAAAGACUCCAUUGCAGCGUUCUAUGGAUAGGCUCGGCAAACAGCUAUCCUUCUACUCCAUCAUAAUAAUAUCACUCAUUAUCGUACUUGGCUAUAUAAGAGGCAGAGCUCUACUGGAAAUGUUUACCAUUGGCGUAAGCCUAGCAGUAGCAGCUAUCCCAGAAGGUCUGCCUAUAGUCGUUACGGUUACUCUUGCCCUGGGCGUGUUAAGGAUGUCCAAAAAGAAGGUCAUAGUUAAAAAAUUGCCUACUGUCGAAACCCUAGGCAGGGUUAAUGUGUUGUGCUCCGAUAAAACCGGGACUCUAACAACUAAUAGAAUGACUGUUACCGACAUUUAUUUGCCAGAUGAGCCUUGUUUUGAAGUAAAAGAUUUGAUUCCGCCCUUUACUUCUUCAAACUCACCAAACAACUCAUAUCUAAACUAUGGCAAUCAGAAAUUUGAACUUGAUAAAGGACAAAUACUCCUCCAACCACAACAAAAUGACAAUAAAGACUUUUCUAAUAUUACAAGCCGAGAUGAAACCGCCCGCAAUUUAGCCACGACCGCCGCCAUAUGUUCCGAUUUCUCGGAAUCAUACGCUUCCCCAACUGAGACCGCCAUCUUAGAUUUGUCUAAAAGGAUUAGCAAAUUGAAUGGGGCCGACAUUAGGGCUAAGUAUGAAAGGAUACGGGAAAUACCAUUCAGUUCCGAACGCAAAUAUAUGCAGGUUAUUUGCAGUGUUAAAGAUAGUUACGCUAUCCCAAACAUACCGAUAAUAAUAAUCGCCUUAAAAGGUGCCCCCGAGAUUAUUUUAACCAAGUGCGAUCGAUUUUACCGUUGCAAUAAUUCCCACCACGGUGCUAAUGAUGCUCAUCUUCUUUCAGACAGUUUUUUUGCAUUUCAUGAAAACCAAAUAUGCCCGAUGACAGACUCCGACCGUCAGAAAUUCACAAUAAAAUCUCAAUCUAUGGCUUUAAAUGGCUUGAGAGUGCUUGGUGUUGCUUUUAAUUGUCACUCCACUCAUAAAUAUCCUGACUUCGAAUCGGAAAUUAAAGACGAUAUGUGUUUUAAUAAUAACAUAUUUUUGGGUUAUAUUGGUAUACAGGAUCCCGUGAAAAGCAAUGUUCCUCGUGUUAUAGGGAGCCUACAAAAGAUAGGAAUCAAGGUUAAAAUGAUAACGGGAGAUUCCAAAGAAACCGCAUGUUCUGUCGCAAGGAAUAUAGGCUUAUUAUCAAACAACCCUAUCUUCAACCAAUACGAUAAUUCCUUAUUACUCUCAGGUUUUGAAUUGGAUAGACUGAUGCCCGAACAAUUAGCGGAAUGCAUUGAAAGAAUUGUAGUAUUUUACAGGACUUCUCCUAUUCAUAAGAUCAAGAUUGUUAAGGCUCUUCAAGACGGCCGAACCCAUAAAAGCAACGUGGUGGCCAUGACUGGAGAUGGUAUCAACGAUGCCUUGGCUCUCAAGCGGGCUGAUAUAGGUAUUGCAGUCAUGUCUUUCUCCCCUCGGGUAUCUUCUAAUCCAUCCGAUAUCUCUCUCGGAAAUAAUUCAAUCCCCUAUAAUGAGCCAAGACCGGAUAAUUUUGAUUUGCAAGACACUCUUGUAAACACGAAUGAUGCCUGCAAAGAAGCCGCUGAUAUGUUGUUGUUAGACGGUGAUCUAAGCACUUUGACUAUUUGUGUCGAAGAAGGUAAAACCAUAUAUGAAAAUAUCAGAAACUUUUUGCGAUUUCAGCUUAGUACUUCGAUAUCAGCCAUGGCGCUUAUAGCAUUGUCAACUAUGUUAUUUAUGGACGUUCCUGGUAAAAAAUCUCCAGAAAAUUCCCUCGCGUAUUCUAGUUUAACCCUUGGAAAUGAGUCAUACGCUAACCAUGGUUAUGUAGGAAGUUAUCACAAUGGUGGUAGCUCACCGAAUACGCACCACAAAAUCCAUAUAUCUCCUUUAAACGCCAUGCAAAUACUAUGGAUAAAUAUAAUAAUGGAUGGACCUCCAGCUCAAAGUCUUGGCGUCGAACCUCCCGACGAAUAUAUCAUAAAUCAACCACCUCGCGACGUGAAUGAUCCUAUGAUUACAAGAGCCCUUUUAUUUAACGUUAUUCUAUCAGCAUUUACCAUAGUCACGGGAACCAUAUGGGUCUUUUUACGAGAAAUGAGGGAUGGUAUGAUUACGCCUCGGGAUACUACCAUGACAUUUACUUGUUUCGUAUUAUUCGAUAUGUUCAAUGCACUUAGUUGCCGAUCUCAAACUAGAUCGAUAUUUUCGAUAGGAUUUUUUACCAAUCGCAUCUUUAUUUAUUCCGUUAUGGGUUCUAUACUGGCUCAAAUACUCGUUAUAUACACGCCUUUCUUUCAAAGGGUUUUCCAAACCGAAGCUAUCGGAAUUAAUGAUUGGAUAUUUUUGGUAGCUUUAUCUUCCAGCGUUUUUUGGAUCUCUGAAAUCAAAAAAUUUAUAGAAAGACAUAACUCAACAAAGAAUCCCCAAUUCACAUUAUCCUCACACUCGUUAGUCCCAUCUCACAUAAGUAAGCGAUCUAAAUAUUCCAAAUUAGAAUCCGAGGAAUGGAACCAUGAUGUGGAAUCUAAUAGGAGCCUUUUACGAGAUGUAUUAAGCUUACCUAAAAAUUUGUUUAGGAAAUACAGGAUUUUGGUUUUAGAUAAUGAGGGUUUAGCCUCCAAAAAUAGAUACCAGAUGGUGUAACCACACGAAUUCCUACGAUAUAGAGCAAAUUUAUACAAAAUUUUAUUUUAAAUCCGUUUUUUAUAAUUCAAUUUUUAUAUAUAGACCUACUAAUUCUGAUUAUACAUCAUGUGAUACAAAAAAAUAUUUAUUGAUAUUGACCAAUUUUUUUCUUAUGUUAUUUUUUCAGGCGUUCGUAAAAUUUAUCAAAAGUUUCAAUUAUUCAAAGAAUUAUAUAUCAUUCCCAUAUUUAUUUUUAAAUAUUUGUUUGUAUUUUAUGAGAUUAUAAUCAUGUGUUUACUACUUUUCCUUCCAUAUAUUUGAAUUCAGUCAUAGCAAUAGGGUAUUUAUUUUAUCCAAAAAU